UGCACAGCGCAAGGCCAGCGAGCACGAGCUGCACAACCUGCUCCAGCGGAACACUGAGAUACUGGCCACGUGUCGGAACACUCACUCCAGAUGUGCCGAACUGGCCGCUCAACUCUCAAUAGAGAGGAGGAAAGUAGCUGAGCUGGAGACGCAGCUGAAGGCCUCCAACAUGUCGGACAAAGUGAACAAGACCAUCGAGGACCAUUUGACUACUAGAAACGACACAAAUGGUCUGUCAACUAAUGUUCCUCUAGAAGAACCCGGAGACUUUGUACCGAAAUGCAGUUGUCCACGAGCUCACAAAGAUAAGGCGGCGGCUAAAAACGCGAAAUGUAUUGAAUGCGGGUGUCCCCCUUACGCGGGGGACUCGGAGGACUCGGACAAGGUCGGCUCCACCAAGAGUAAUAGCCUGAGAGGAAAGUUGCUCACCGUCAAAGGCAGCAGAUCCAACAAGCCUAGUAAAGCUAGGACUCCGCCAAUGAGUGAACGAAGGAACUCAGGAAUUCAGGAAGGAAAAUUCACCUCUUGCGAAUGCCCACCUCAACAAAAUGGGGAACCGGGAAUCUUUUUUGCCGAAAAUGCCAAAAUCGUUACUUGUGGCUGUCCGCCUCCUAGAGAAUCGUCUACUCCGACCAAAGAGAAGAAAGGCGUAGACUGCGGUUGUCCGGCGUGGAACGAUGUCGAUAUGCUAUUAACUAAGCACCGCCAAGACGAACGUUCUGGAUGCGAGAAAUGCUGUCAUAAAGUGCAGGAAUCUAGCCGGUCUUCUACCACUCAAACAGGUACGCUCCCCGCGCAAACAGUAGAGGUCCCCCAGUCUCCCACAGUGCAGCAUGAAGACCCCAAGCUAGCUAAAGCAUCCGAUGACUCCGGUUACACGGACUCCAACAAAAGCCAGGACACUGAUGAUUUGAUGUUAAAUAAAAUGAACAAAGAAUUGAUAGACAGAAUCUUACAACUUCAGAGGCAGGUGGACGCUUUAAAAAUUACAGGGGCUGCUGAGCUACCAACGCCGAGACGAAGCAAGGUCACUGAGUUCACCGAAACCCCGACGAACUCACUUGCUGAUUCUGCGACCAUUCAAGAAGACUACAAUUCGAUGAAGCCUGAACGUAAUGAAUCGACUAUGACUACUGUAAACAGAAUAGGGACCGCUAAACCUUUGUUGUCUAUAAGCCGGGAAAAUAGUAAGUCUAGCAUGGCUCUGAGCCCAGAAGGGACCGUCUCAGUCAUAGAUGAACAACGCAGGUCGGAAGAUUUCAGAGUGAGGACGAUGAAAGACUCUCAAGGCGUCAUCCACAUGCCUGACGAACAGUUCCAAUCAGAUUUAAUUAUAGUUUCUCCCACGAUCGAUCUACCCCAUAAGCGAUAUAGCUCUGAAGCCUAUCAAGCCAGCGAGCCUGAAAAAUACCAAGAGCCGUCAGCCACUACACAAAAAGAAAUGAUCCACCCUGCAAAGGCAGAAACUGAUGACAAUCGAAAACUGUCAGUAAUCGCAGAAAGUGAGCCCAGUAAGCUGGAAUUGGAACGUGAAGCUCCAAAUGAUGUUAAAUGCUGUAGUGAUGACAUUCAGCAACCGUAUAGAUCUGAAUUAAACGAUGCACCAAAAGCUAUGGAACCUGAAGCUCCAAAUGGUGCUCAAUGCUGUAAUGAUGAUAUUCAGCAACCGUAUAGAGCUGAAUUAAAUAAUGCAAAAGCUAUGGAACCUGAAGCUUCAAAUGGUGCUAUUUGCUGUAAUGAUGAUAUUCAGCAACCGUAUAGAGCUGAAUUAAAUGAAGCGCGAAAAUCUAUGGAGCCUGAAACAACAUUACCAAAAUCGGCAUUAGUGCAUAAGUCCCCGCCAUAUCAGCACCACCAGGAGCCAGAUGAAACACUUCCCGUCAUAGAGAGCGUGCCCAGUAACCCCGAACUAGGCUUCGCUAUACCUAGAUUAGAAAGUAAACAAAAAAGAGAAUCAAUGUCUGACACGAAAAGAUUAAAUGAAACUCGAUCGCCUUCCAACGAUAUUGAGAUGUUACCUGGCAAGUUAAAGCUGCCGAUGACGGAUGCUUUGGUAGCUAACCAGGGUCCAGCCGAUAAAACCAGGGAUCCCUCGAGUCCUAUCAGGGAGGAAUGCGAACAUUGUCCUGCAUGCUCAUUCAACAAACAAUGUGCACAACAGUCUCGCAGAAACACUAUUGACAAUAUAGCCAAUAAAAGCAUAGUCGCGAAAAUGCUAGCUUCGAAAGAUGAUCGACAUAAUAGCUUGCAAAUACCAGGUCCCAUACCGGCGGAGCCCAACAAUAAGAAGAGGAGUGUUUUCCGACACUUUUCUCUUGAAAAAAAGAAGGACAAGAAUGGUAAACAGAAGAAAGAGAGCUUGACCAGAGAGGAUAUUAGUGAUCAACAGAAGAUACUGACCGAAGAGACGAGCCACGCCACAGCAGACGGUCCGAUAAAUCUGCCGGAUGUUCCGCUCAUUCACAAGUCAUCGGAGCAGCUGGAAGGCCGGCCGGACGAUUACUAUUCGCGCCGCAGGGACUCUCUUAGCACGUCACGUAAACGAUUGUCACGCAUACGAAGCUCGAUAAUUAAAACCGAUUCGAAACCUACACAGGUACCAGACUCGGGGCAGAACGUAUCGAUAAAUAAUUACUUGCCUCAAACCGAUCGAAUGUCAAAGGCGAUGUCACCGCCCUAUAAUCGGGAGGUGGCCACGGAAAUGGAACGCAAAUCGGAUGAGGCUCAAACCACAGAACAAAACCAACAGGAUCAAGGAAACCAGGUCCCCAAUGACGUUGUGGGCGGCGGGGUGCGGCGCGACGUGUCGGUGUACCGGCGCGGGAGUGGCACGCUGUGCUUCCGCACGCUGCGUGCUACGGCGCGCCCGAUGUGCUCCUGCGCGCCGCCCCACUGCAGCCGGACACGAUAUAACCAAGGCUCAAACGCCGGGCACGAGAGCAAAGAGGUGCAAGUCCCGCCGCCGCCGAUGCAGCACGAGCGCACGUCCACCGCCUCCGAGCACGACACGUACACCGUGGACAAGCAGAGCCGCGCCACCUCGCCUGAUAGCACCGAGUUCGAGAUCACUUACUUGUCUGAUCUGCCGCUGGAGAAAGAAAAAGCCAGUCCGAUGAAGCCCCGUCCGUUCUCCCCCGGGGAAGACAAGACUACAACCACAUAUACUGACUCUUCGUGCUCGCCUGACACCAACUACACGCUCAGCGAGGGAGAGAUGCCCAUCUGUUCCAAUUCUAAACGGAAGUAUUCCCAUGAUCGAGAUGGAAGAAAUGGAAGGCAGAUGAACGGAACGAUGGCUGAGCCUGCAGAAAAGCCAUGUGAGAAGAUAGAAUCGGCCCUGCAAGCCGUGACGGACGAGAUCGCUCGCUGCAACACUCUGCUGAAGGCGCAUCGACCCACUCCAGCCAGCCAGUCACGACGGGAGUCGGAGUCAGUUCACUCGCAGACUUCAGAGGUGGACCCGUCUCGGCCCAUCGCGUUACGACGAGGAGUGGCCACGUCGAGCAUCGGCGACGUGUAUGUGCCCAAGUGCCUCUUCACGCUGCAUAUCGGAACCGUGGUCUUGUCUGACGAGGCGGUUCUGAACUCUCGCGACAAGACGCUGGUGCUGACGUGGAAGUUCUACGACCAGAACAUAGCGAUGACGCGCAUGCGAGCCGGCCGCGUCGUGCUCUUCGACUUCUCCACCGAGUACGACAUCAAGAUUACUGACGACUUCCUCCACUAUAUGAAACAUGAGGAGAUGCCUAUCGUGAUCUGCGAGUUGGACAAGGAAGACCAGCCCUUCGCCAGCUGCGCGCUGCCGCUGAGAGAUGCGCUACUUCACACGAAUAGAAGAGCUGACAUGUCGCUCGCACUGGUGGCGGGCCCACAGAUGCUGCAGGCACGGGCGGCCGAGGGCGCGGCGGCGGACGCGCUGGACGCGCGCGACGAGAUGGGCGUCAUCGACCUGUGGUGCAUGCUGCGCGCCGACGCCAAGAUGCUGUCCGGCAUCAACCUCGCCAUCGCACAGCCAUCAGUGCCCGAGUCCGAGUCCAAGGCAUACCACGUGCGAAACUCACGCGUCAUGCCGCAGAUCUUGGACGACGAUCAUAAUGACCUAGAUCUGAACCUCGUCAAGUCCACCCCGGCCACGACGCUAGAGCCUACCGUCAAGAAUUACGGGAGCAGCAUCGUGGAAUACGCGCGUUCUUCGAGCUUGUGGAGCAAUCGUGCCAAGCCCGCCCCAGCGCCUGCUCCCGCAUACGCACCUGCGCCUGCCCCCGCGCCUGCUCCAGCCUACGCCUCCCCCUGCCCCAACUACGCCUCCUCCCCUGCCCCAACUAUGCCUCUCUUCUCGCCCAACUACGUUCCCUCCCCUGCCCCAACUACGCCCCCACGCCUGCCCCAGCCCGAGCCCCGGCCCCGGCCCCGGCUGCGCCCGUCCCCGUUGACGCGCAGACGCAGACUCCGAGCGCCCCACAAACCGCCAACAAGGCUGAGAAUGUACGAUCCUAGCAACUACCCGCCCGUGAGGUCCCGUCGCCUCAGCUGCGUGAGCACGGUGACGGCCGGGGGCCAGCCGGUGCCUUUCUCCCCUCCCGCACAGCCGGUCUUCGAUAAGGAUGACCCGGAACAUGAUUCCGGCAUUAUAAUAAAUGAAGUGCAAGCAAAUAUCAAAUCUCCGGGAGAUAUGAGACAUGCGUUAGAACAAAGAAGCGGUCAAGCUCUUAACGAAAUGGGCAGAGGCAUUCGUAAAUCAGAAGAAGACCUGACAUCUCAAGCGCAAUCCAGCUUAGGAUCACUAAGUGUUUUGGCGAGGCUGCAACGAAGAGGCAGCAGAAUUACCUCGCGAAGUGACAACCCACAGCGUGCAGCAAUUCAAAAUAUUCAACGAAACAGUAAGAAUAGCACAGACACGCCGACUAAGGAACAAGGGUCUUCCAUGGAAAUAUACAAGAAAUAUGAAAACAUUAGCAAGUUGAUUGGAUCAAACAAGGACCAAUCAAAGAAGAGUGUUAAGAUAGUGCCGAAAUACAUGGAGACUGACAAUGAAGUACCGCAAAGGGACGUAGAAGAAGGCUGGGCGGUAGGGGCUGAAGACGAUCAGGAGCGAACUGGUCAGAACUUGGACAUUACAGUGUUAUGGCUGGCCCUAAACGAGGAGUGCGAGGCCAUGAUAGACCCGCACGUGCAGAGAGUGUAUGUGGCCUACACCUUCCUCGGCAGGACCGGAGCGGAGCUCGAGACCCCCAUCAGCCUCCCCAAGCCCAAACACUAUGUCGAUAAGUGCUACUUCAACUUUAGGAAGACCUUCGAGCUAGAAGACACGGAUCUGCUGAAGCUGAGCCACAUGGCUCGGUGCCGUGCCGCCAGCAAGAUGUCGGAGAACGAGAGGGACUGCAUCGUAUUCUCUGUCGUCAGCGAGCCGCCUGAGGACCCUCUGGGACUUGAAAGCUGUGAGGAUAUUGGGUACGCGUACCUGUACCUGGGCGACCUGCUGGCGUACUCGGCGGGCAGCCCGGGCUACACGGAGGUGAUCCCGGUGCGGGCGGCGGGCGGCGCCGCCGUGUGCGGCGUGCUGGCCGUGCGGCUGGACGGGCUCGACGUCGUGCGGCGCUGUCUGCUGCUGCCCUCCAGCGAGAGGGACGCCGACUGGGAGACCUGAGGUCAGUCACCGUGUGCCGCGUGCUGGCCGUGCGGCUG